AUGAUGCCAUACUGCAGAGUGAACCUCAGCAUCAUGACCUUCCUGGUCAUCCUGCAGGGGGCGGCGGUGGUGCUGUUCUGCGGCUGGUACUUGCAGCUCAGCCCCUCCAACGGCAAAGUCCACGUCCUGCUGCUGUCGUCGUGGCGAUCGGGCUCGUCCUUGAUGGGCCAGGUGUUCAGCCAGCACCCGUCCGUCUUCUACCUCAUGGAGCCGGCGUGGCACGUCUGGACCCGGCUGCGGAAUCAAGGCGCCCGGUCGCUCCGCAUGGCGGUGAGGGAUCUGCUGCGGAGUGUCUUCCAGUGCGACCUCUCUGUGAUGGAGGCCUACAUGCAGGAGCCAUACAGGUUCACCUCCUUGUUCAUGUGGGCCCAAAGCCGGGCCCUUUGCUCCCCGCCGGCUUGUAUGUUGACGCCACGGAACCAGUUAAGCAACAGAACUGAGUGUGAGCAGCACUGCAAAGCUCAGGGCCUGCAGCGAGCUGAGGAGGCCUGCAACACCUACAGCCAUGUGGUGCUAAAGGAGGUGCGCUUUUUUGAGCUGGAAUCUCUUUACCUUCUGCAGGACCCCAGCCUGGAUCUCCGCAUCAUCCACCUGGUCCGGGACCCGCGGGCGGUUUUCCGAUCCAGGGAGGAGUCGGCCUAUGACUUGAGGCGUGACAGUGCCACUGUGUUGGAGCAGUGUAAAGUCCCGGCCGAAGAGGUGCAGCACCAGGUCAUGCAGGAGAUCUGCCGUAGCCACAUGAGCAUCAACGAGCGUGCCGUCCUGAAGCCGCCUCCAUUUCUGAAGGGCCGCUACAAGAUGGUGCGCUACGAGGACAUGGUGCUCAACCCGCUGGAGGAGAUCGAUGCUAUGUUCGAGUUUGUGGGUUUGGAGAUGACGCAGCAGCUGAAGGAGUGGGUAUACCGUAUGACCCACGGGAAGGGCAAAGGAAGAAGGAAAGACGCAUUCAAAGUCAUAUCGCGAGAUGCUGACCUCGUGUCUCAGGUGCGCACAAUGCUGCCGCACAGCAAAGUCAAACGCAUCCAGGAGGUGUGCAAAGGCGCCAUGUCACUGCUCGGCUACAAGACAGUCAACAGCGACGAAGAGCAGAAAAGACUCGACAUAGAUCUGCUGGUGCCUCGGGAGCCUGAUCAGUAGUCAUGGAUGUGGGAUCCCCGAAUCAGCCAUAAGGAUGAGAGCUAGAAGGUGCAACAGCAAAACGAGGGAGCACGGUAUGAUAUUAUAACCUGUGCUAUAAUGCUAUAUGCUAUAACCUAAUGAAUGUGUGACCUAAUCAAAUGCUUAUUUUUUA